CCAAGUGUUCGGUGUGUACUCAUAUUUUGCGAGCAUUCAGGAUGCUGGAGCAAGUGCAGACAUUUGUGUAGAAUCGAGAAAGUUGCAUCGGCCACCCAUCACCCGUCAGGCGUGUUGCAGGGCGACCGCGUCAGUGCAGGAAGCGAAAAGCGACCGUAGAUCUCUAACCUUCCGCAGCAAGAUAUCGUACUAUAUCGCGGAUCGCGCUAAUUACUUUCUAAAGCGGAUAUCUCGCAAAGAACCUGUUUUAGUGCGAAGUCGCGUUUGUUGAUGCAAUUGUGGCCCGUACCAUCUCGGUAUACGGUAGCAGGAUCUGCAAUUGCGGAAAUCGAACCAGCACCGCAUCGUCUGAUGGCUUGUUGCAUCGUGGAUGCGUUUCGAUAGAGAGUAAAGUGUAACCAUAUUACAAGGGCUACUUUUUGCAAAGAAAACAACAACAAAACAUCAGCGUUACCUCACAUCCCGGACGGGAAGGGACGAAAAAUAUCAUCAUUUGAUGAUUCAGCGGCUAGGAUACAGAAAGCCACGGUCUAUUCCCGGAAUACGUCCAUGCUAUCUUUUCUUUCUUCGUACCAGAUUUGUAAAGUUCCAAUAGAAGAACAUGCACAGCUAGUGGGAAAAUUGUGAUGUGUGGCCUACAGUGAAACGUGAAUCUCGACAAUUUAUUGUGUGUGCGUGCGUGUGUAUCCGACGCAUUUCAGAAAAGAAAGCCAAAGCAUAAGAAAAAGGAAACCCACGCGAAGAGCAAAUAGUAGUACGAAACAAUAACUGGGAAGACAACGUUUUCCCGAAGUGCUGGCCCACACUCCUGGACGCUCGGUGGGGGGUAAAAAUAUUAUUUGCGUAUGGUGGUGGGAGUGUGCUUCCCAGCAUUGUUGCGUGUCUUUUAUCCGUGUGGAUGUAUCCUUGCAAAGGACGAGAUAUUGCCGUUUUGUAUGUCUACCAUUAGUGAAGUUAGGGUGCGUGCGAUCGUAAGGAAGCUGAAAAUUUUCCUUUUCCUUUCAGCGGUCUUGUAAUAGCACAUUACACGCAAGUGUGUGAGUGUGUGUGCAUGAGUGCGUGCGUUGUCAUGAUUGUGUGCGUGUAUUGCUGGUGGUGAAUGUCAAAACUUCUGUUUGACAGAGAUUUGUUGGUGUUUUGUUUCCCUCUUGCGCCUCCCGGUCAGCACAAAGUGUAUAAUCAAAAGUAACCCCGAUUCUCUGCUCGACUCGAUGUAGCGUAUGUAACCUUGAGUUGGAUGUAAACUUUCCCCACAAAAAGCCGGCGAGAAACCGUUAUUGCGAAGACAGUGAAUUAAGCACAAUUUUGCUGUGUCUAGGCUUGCUUAGCAGCUUUGUAUAACGUUAGAUGCAUUUCCUGUUUGGAACGCUGGCUGGCAUUGGUGUUUGGAAGAAAGUAAACAAACGCGGCCGAAGCGAAUUGCAAUCUAGUUGGUGACAUUUGAACGAACGGCAGCAGUUCGGUUUCAUUGCUGGCAGAAGUGCGACAUAGAGCGAAGGCUGGCAAAAAUACCGGCGUGACAUUAAAGUGCAAAUCUCGUGAAAUUAUUGUAUCUGCAAGUAAUAUUCUUGCCGGCUUCAGUUCCGCAAGAUUAUCAGAUCCAAAGCUACAAGGAAACAUCCACAUCACGCCGUUAGACAGCACCGUCAGGGUUCAGCAAGGUGGAUACUAAAAGCAACCUGGGACUUUCCCAGGAUUUUGAGAGGAUGGUCGGACUGACGGGUGGAUCGCAUCUCUAUGCGGCCGGUAUACCAGCGGCCGCACAGGAAAUUGUCCGCGACAUGGCUGCCAUGCCAACGGCCGCUCCGACCAGUGCGGACGCGUGCCUCAGUAUCGUCCAUUCGCUAAUGUGCCACCGACAGGGAGGUGAGAGCGAAGGCUUUUCCAAGCGUGCUAUUGAGUCGCUGGUCAAGAAAUUGAAGGAAAAACGCGACGAACUGGAUUCGCUGAUUACGGCCAUCACCACGAACGGGGCACAUCCGAGCAAAUGUGUCACGAUACAACGUACGCUUGAUGGCCGAUUGCAGGUCGCUGGACGUAAAGGAUUUCCACAUGUGAUCUAUGCGCGCAUCUGGCGUUGGCCCGAUCUGCACAAAAAUGAACUAAAGCACGUAAAGUUUUGUCAGUUUGCUUUUGAUCUUAAAUGCGAUUCGGUCUGUGUUAAUCCUUACCACUACGAACGUGUUGUUUCACCCGGAAUUGAUCUGUCGGGUCUCACGCUGCAGUCUGGCCCCAGCCGCUUAAUAAAGGAUGAAUAUACGCCGGGUUCGGUCGUUGGUGGAGGCAUGGAUAUAGAUGGCAAUGAAAUCGGUACCAUACAGCAUCAUCCCUCAAUGGUUGCCGGUGGUGCGUAUAGCACCAUGUCAAUGCACCCACAGGUGUCCGACCCGUCUCAAAUGAGCGGUCUGUAUGGAUCGAGUAGUGGUCCACGGCCGAUCCCGAAACUGGAAUCCGCCGAGCAAUCUCGAAAUAGUGGUCCCAGCAGUUGGAUGAGCGGUGCUGGUAGCGUCAGUGGUCCAUCGUCCGCCACGGCGGCCAUGUUAUCAGCGGCCUCCUCAUCCGGAAGCCAGCAGCACACUCGCUUAUCUUCAUCCUUACCCCUUUCUUCCGUUAUCGGUGGUCCUGCCGGGUUGACGAACAAUGGUUUACGAGCACCACAAAGCUCGCAGCAACAACCACCACCAACACAACAGCAACAGCAGCCUUCAUCACAGUCCAGCUCACAAUUAACAAACGGCGGCUUGCUGGGCAGUUCUACCCAAUCAAGCUCCAGUGCUGGUGGUAGCAGUGCAGGGUUGAUCGGUGGUGAAGCCUCUCAAUAUUAUACGAACGCUGCCAGCGCCGACCCGUCGAUGGGAAACGAUCCGCAAAGUGGAAUGGGACCAUCCAGUAUGUCCGGUUCACUUUCUGCAACCUCGCCCGUCUCCCCUCAUCUGCAGCAAAAUGGGUACGUGUCAGCUAGCAAUGGACAGUCGGCACAGGCCGGUCCUUCCGGCGCUCAGCCGCCUCCAAAUCAAACGGGUGCGCAACAAUACCAACAACAACAGCAGCAACAGCAACAAUCACAACAGCAGCAAGGCGGUUCGGCAACGUGGUCCGGUUCGAAUACUCUGAAUUACACACAAUCGAUACAACCUCCGGCACAUGCAGGGAGUUCGCAUCAGCAGCAAGCAUCACAGCAACCGUCUCAGUACUGGCCGCAUAGUUCUAGUGGUUCUACCGGAGCGGUUAGUGCUGCCACUGGUUCCGGUGUAGGUACCACUUCUGGUGGACAGCUGGCUGAACUGCCCGGUCAGCAGCGUUUAUUGUCGCGACAGCCUGCACCGGAGUACUGGUGUUCGGUGGCCUAUUUCGAGUUGGAUACGCAGGUCGGUGAAAUGUUCAAGGUACCUUCAAACCGGCCAAACGUCACAAUCGAUGGAUACGUUGAUCCUUCCGGUGGUAAUCGGUUCUGUCUCGGAGCGCUUAGCAACGUGCAUCGAACAGAGCAGAGUGAAAAGGCUAGGCUACAUAUUGGCAAAGGUGUACAACUGGAUUUACGAGGUGAAGGAGACGUCUGGUUGCGAUGUCUCAGUGAUCAUUCAGUAUUUGUACAGAGCUACUACCUCGAUCGGGAAGCAGGUCGAACGCCGGGCGAUGCUGUACACAAAAUUUAUCCCGCAGCAUGUAUAAAGGUAUUCGAUCUGCGACAGUGUCAUUUGCAGAUGCAAUCCCUCGCCAACUGUGCCCAGAAAGCGGCUCAGAUGCAAGCCGCGGUUGUAGCGGGUGUGUCGGCCGUAGGAGCUCCUAGAAGCCUCUCCGCUGUUGCAGGAAUUGGCGUAGAUGAUUUACGACGUCUCUGCAUCCUGCGACUGUCCUUUGUGAAAGGUUGGGGUCCCGACUACCCAAGACAAUCGAUCAAGGAAACGCCAUGCUGGGUGGAGGUACAUCUCCACCGAGCGCUGCAACUGCUGGACGAAGUGCUCCACCAGAUGCCGAUUGAUGGACCCCGUGCCAUUGAGUAGAGAUAAGCUAACAGUAGCUCAAAACCUACAUGACUGCUACUACAGCUAUCUCGGCAACGAUUAUUGAGGUGCAGGUGAGGUAAGAUGAUAAGUAUCGUUUAAAAGCACUACGUUUUUAGGUUUAACUGAACAUAUACGAUCAACAAUCGUAGAAUGGAUUUUCGUGGAAUGGAGGAAAAGUGUGUAAAUAUAGAUUUGGACCGUAAAUGGCCCAAACUGGGUGUAUGGGUGAUGACGAUAAUGAGUGGGUUUCGUAGUGUGUACAAGUGUGAUUCUAAUAUGACAAAGAUUUAGUUUGAUAAGAAAGCAUACGCAAUCGUAAAAGGCAAAGGCGCACUGGCGUGUGCACCCGUAGUGAGUGUGACACGAACAGGUGAUAGAAUAGUGGUACUACAAAAACUAGGGCAUGAAAGUGAUGCAACGUUAUUCAAACCUUCUCAUGUAUACUAAUGUUGGGCAAAGAUAAAACAAAUGUGCUGAAAAGAUAUAUUACGAAACAAACGCGUACGUAGCAUAACGCAUAACGCUGCUCAACACGCAUGUUUUAGAUUGAUAAACAGUUGAAGAAUGUACUGAAGAAUGCUAUUGAUCGCAUACUCUGCAGUGAAAGUAAAAUUCUAACGACCUAGAAGCUGGAAGCAUGUACGCAAUGACGAUAAAUUUACGAAUAUGUUUAAAUAGCAGAACACUGCCUCAAUGCACGCUGCGGCAAAUGGCACGUAGAAAAGGUAUUUAACAGAAAAUGAAUCGAGUGUCGUGAGUACAUUCAGCGAUUAUUAGCAUCAAGCGCAACAGGAAAAACAAAAAACGGGACAAACAAACAAGCAACCGACCUACAACCUACAAAAAUUGUCUACCUCUAAUUGAAAAAAAGUAUGUUAAUACAAACGUUCAGCUCCUCCUACCGGUGGGAAAUAAUAUCCAGAGACAUUGAAAUGAUUGCAACAGGUUACGAUCAAAUACUGCUGAGCCAUUCAUACGUUUCUAACAAGACGUUAUAAACAUGUUCUAGAAGUAAUAGUUUUUUUGCCCUACAAACCGUUAUGAACAGCAUGAGUGGAUUGGAUUGUUUUCGGGAAAAAACUUCUUUGGCCGUAGAAUUGUGAUGGUAAGCGGUUUGGUAUUACUUUAAAUGACAUUGAGUAGAAUUUUUAAUUUCUGCUGUGUGUAAAGCCUUACGUGAGAUCGUUGUAGGGAUCGUUACAGGCAGAGCCUAUAGUUGAUGGUUUUCAAUGUGACGGAAGCAAAAAAACAAAAGCUUGGUGGAAGAGCAAUCAACAUAAAAACAAACUUUUCUUCUGAAGUUAGAUUCAACGUUUAUCCGUUGAAACAAAAUAUGUACCCAAUGCAGUGCGAUUAAACCGCGCGAGUGCCCCAUCGUUUGAAGAUGUUCGUAUUGCAAAAAGACAGCACCCAACCUUGUAAGAACUGGACUGGUAAGACUGGAGAAAAGCUUUCGAUUGAUGCUUAAAAUGUUCUUUGCCUUUGUGCCAUUUUGUGUAUAGUUUCGUUGAAGUUGUGAAUUAGUGAAACUGGUUCUAUGCUUGUAUGCCUAUUAGUUUAUUGUAAUUUCUCGCAGUUGAUCGCAUUCGUUAGAAUCAAUAGGUUGACUUAAAUCACUGGCAAUAAAUAUUGGUUUAUUUUCAAUCGUAUAAAACACCAGGUUCACAGCGAUGAUACGUUUUCACUAGAUGAAAUUUCUUGAAACAUUUCAUAUAGCGUGUGAGAAUAAAUCACAAAAUCUGUGACCACUAAGAAUGUCACGACAACAGACUCGAGGGAAUACAGCAUUAAAAUUGAAAUGAAUGAAAAUUUUAAUUUGAAUGUGUUUCAAAGUUACAAGUGCAAUGAACCCAACUUAAGAAAAGAGUAAAAUAGUUAUAAAAAAAAAACAAACAUUGAUAGAAAUGAAUAUAUUGUAGUACAGAUAACAUAAAAAAGAUAACAAAAUUAAAU